AAGAUAAUGUUUCCAAGAAACAAUUUAUCAUUUUUAAGAAUAUGUUAUCUCUAAUAAUGAUAUCACAGAGAUGCAGUUUUAUAUAAAUGCGUUUUUGUCAAAGGGAAUUAUUUUGAACAAAACCAUGAGAGUUUUCUUCACUGCAAUUUGGCUGCUGUUUACUCUGAACAGGGUAUCAGCAAGAUCUAGUUGUCCCGAUCGCAAGUAUAUCUACCCUUGCACAUGUGUAAAUGUGGGUCAAGGAAAGAGGAAUUGGACGAUAGUUAUCUGUGCUCGUUUGAGAGAUACGGACUCGUUAAACGACAUCCUGGAUAGUUUAAAAGGUUUAAAUAUGGACAAGUUUUUGCUGUAUGAUUCAUUCUGGGAUGCUCAUGAACGUGGAGACGAGGAAAAACAGAAGUUACCCAACAACUGGCUAACUAACUUACGAGCAAAGGAAAUGGAAAUUGUAGAUACCAAACUCUCUUCAUGCUUUGCAUGUGAGUCUACCUUUAGCUGUAGAAAUAGUGUCACAACUAGAUUCUCUGUCGUAAAUGGCACAUCAGCAUCCGAAAUCUGCACCUUGUGUGAUUCUGGUCGCGGAGAUAAAUAUCCCUGGACAAACUGUAUGUCGAAACUGGAACAAUUCGAUUUCACCUACGGGAAGCUUUCUACUCUGAAAGAAGCUUUUUUCCCCAAACCAAUGCUAGCACUUCGUGUAUUGAAUCUCACGUAUAAUCAAAUUCGCCUCAUAGAAAGAAGAGCGCUGUCUAAACUUCCCAAACUGGAGUUCCUUGACUUGAGCCAUAAUUUCAUACAGCACAUCAGCCAGAUGUUUGAAACCGACGUAGGCACUUUGAAGUUUAUAGAUUUGAGCUGGAACUUCAUCAAAGAGAUUGGUCCUACCUUUUCUCAACGUGUACCCAAAUUAGUUCAUUUAAACUUAGACAACAAUUAUUUCGAAUAUCUUGUAACCAAAGAUUGGGAAAAGGCACCAUCAACCAUUCGACGCAUUUAUAUCAGAGAUAAUCCGAUCAUUUGCAACUGCAGUCUACGUUUUAUCAACGAGACUUUCACAAGUAAGGUAAAAUUUAUGGGCAAUUGCAAAAAUGCACACGACAAGCUUUUGGUUAAUCUCCGCCAGAAGUCAAAAUAUUUUGCGGAAAAAUGUAAUGAUAAGAAUGAAUUAAUAAAAGUUUAGCUAUUUUUAUCAUUUCA